AUGACUCAGUCAGAUCGCUUUCGAGACGCACAAAGCGCGAGCAGCAAACAUUUCUCCAAUCCGAAUUCGAAGCCUUCUCUCCCGCCGAUGACCAAGCACCAGCAGAAUAGCCAAAACGCUGCUCGACUAAUAAACCGCGAGCACAAGUAUCACUUAGAGUGCGAAGGGAACCAAAGGAAAAUAUGCAUCAUCAAUGACACCAUUGGUGAAUUCCGCCGCUUCUCCGGCACUGUAGUAGCUGGUGACUUCAAAGAAGCGAAAUCAUGCACAGAUACGGACCAUCUUUGGGAUAUUCGGGUGGCAUGCAACCAAGGCAGGGCAGCAGUAUAUUGGACGGAUGGAAACAGGCACGCUGACGCGAAGUUGGGAGCCGGUAUAGCUUGGCAGGUCGGAUGGCAGUACAAGAGCGAAAUGUACGCCCUUCAAGGAACCGGAGAGAGCGCAGAUUCUGAACUCUUUGCCAUUGCUGCGGCUUGCUGUGAAGGAAGUCGAGAAAAGUGA